CUCCCUUUUUCAUGAGAGUCGGGGUCGCGCUCUUCCACAUUCCCAGCUCUGCCUCUCACUCUUCCAGGUACACGCCCUUUGACUUGUGAAGGGGGAAAAGUUUUAAGGACAGAAAAAAAAACCUAAAUCACGGAAGAGAUUCUGCAGUCCUACUAGUUUGGCAAGUUCCCUGGGCUCAAAGCAGCGUAGAAAGGCGGAGAAGAGGGCAGAAACUCACAUUUGCGCACAUUUAUACACUUCUCUUGUCCCACAGACGGUAAACGAGAGGAGUCAUGGAGCAAGCCAUUCAAACCAUGGUGAAGGUCUUCCUGAAGUCGACUAAAGGAAAGGAGAGUCUAGGAAAGAAGGAAUUCCAGGGCCUUGUCAAAUCCCAGCUCAGCAACAUCCUUUCGGAUGCAGACAGCAAAGAGGCGAUCAACAACAUGGGCCAGGGGCUGGACGCCGACAACGACGGCAAAGUGGGCUUCGAGGAGUACCUGAAGCUGGUCGGUUACCUGGCGUGUUCGCUCAGCGAGCAGCGCAGCCUCGCCAAGGAGGAGCCUGCACAGAACGCCGCGCCCGAACAAGCGGCAGUCAGCGCCAACAACAAAGAGGAAGAGAAGCCAGAAGCAAAGGCAGAGGCAAAGGAGGAAGCAAAGCCGAAGGCAAAUGAGGAGCCGAAGGCAGAAGCAGCCGCCGAGGCGAAGGUAGAAGCGAACGCAGACGCAAAGGCGGAAGUGAAGGUAGAAGCGAAGGCCGAGGGGGAGACGCUGCCCGAGCCGGCGGCGGGAUUAGCAAAAGCAGCAGGAGGAUUAGCGGCAGCGGCAGGAGAGGCGGCGGCGGGAGGAGCAGCGGCGGUAACGGCAGCGGCGGCGUCGGUGGUAGAGCCGGCCGCAAAGGCCGUAGACGAGGCCGUGAAAGAAAUACCGAAGGUGGAGGCGACGGUAAAGGUGGAUGAAGCUGUGGAGAAGGUGGCUGCUGCUGUGGAGGAAGAAGUGGAGAAGAAGAUCGAGGAGGCGACCUCAUAGGGGACAAUCCAUUCCUUCACCAAACAACAAAACGACGCACUACACACUCACAUUCAACACUACACAGCAUCAGUAGCGCCAACACAAGUUGAACAUCCACCAAUGAUUUUUUAUCAUUUUCUUUUUUAAAUCAAAUACACACCUUCAAAGUGCAAAUAAAGUCCAGGUCAAAGUUCAAACACUACAGCUCUGAUAGAAACACCACUCCUUAUAUAUGAUCCCUGAUUCAUGUACACGACAGUAAACUUACUGCUUCUGUGCUACUCAUUACCACUAUGUUCAUAUGUAUAGCAUGUGCAUCCCUUAGCACAUUUACCUCAUUAUAAUAUACUAUGAUAGCAUGCAGACGUACACUAUCAUGUGCAUGCAGAAUCCCUGUGAAGCCUUCGCUGCAGAGUGUGACGUGGCCGCGGUGUCACUGUAUGUUAACGCUGCAGACGAAGGGGUUUAGCUGAAAUGUCAUCUUUUCCCUCGUUUGGUCUCUGCUUCUUCCACAGUUGUUUCAUGCAGCCUCAUGUUACCGAGAGUCUUUUGGGUCAAACGUCAUCUUGCUCACACUUUAAGGGAUAAUCUGACAUUUUGGGAAAUACACUAAUUAGCCUAAUAGCCAAGAUUUAAAUGAGACAAAUGACACCACUCCCGCUUGUAUCCAUUGAAUGUGAAGCUGCAGCCAGCAGCCAGUGAGCUCAGCUUGGUAGAAACAGGAGGAAACAGCGAGUUUGGCUCUCUCCAAAGGUAGCGACAACAACAAAACUGUCUAAAAGCUCGCUAAUUACACUGGCACAUCCUGUUUGUUUAGUCAGUUGUUUACACUUGAGUUUUUAUAGAGCAAAAAACAAACAAGAUAGCGUUUGUUAAUUAGGGAAUUAAAGGAGGGAAUUAAAGGAGGUGGUUGGAAGGAGCCAGACGAGCUGUUUUCUGCUGUUCACAGUGUCUGUAUCAGGCAGACACGGGACUUCUACUCUUCUCAUCUGAAUCUCGGCUACAAAGCUAAUAAGCACAUUUCUGUACGGGAAUAUUUGACACUAAAUCUUUUUUUUUUUUUACCUUUUGAAUUCACAGUGCUUUGGAGCUGAUUUAGCAUGACAAUAAACUAACUGUUUUGCUGAAGCUUUGCAUUACUUCAGUUCACCUUAACUGUGUUCUUAAUGCUCCCAUCACACCCUCUUUCUUUCUUGCUUUCUUUAUUUCGGUGCCUCUUUUCUUCCUGUAAUUCCUCGAGAAGUUGCCUCCAUCUUGCCUGCAAUAUGUCCUCUCAGCUCGUAGUCCGUCAUGAAUUAACUGGAAGAUCAGGUGUGACCAUUGGCUAAAUAAUUAAGGUCCAGAGAUGGAAUCCACACCAAAGGACCCUAAGGGUCAAAAGGGAGCCCAAAAUAGUCCCAUGGGUGCUGGCUGGUGACUAGAGGAGCAGGUCAGAGAAGGUGUUCAUGCAACCUAAUCUCCCUGGAUUAGCAGAGAAGACACGACAACAAAGCACCAAGAGGCCAAGGAAGCCAUAACAGAUGUCAAUUGGUAGAGAUGCUUUUUUCCAAUUAGGGCCUUUGUUGUAGUUGUGUAUUCAAAGCCGCGGCAGGGUCUGCUUAUUGAACCGUUAGGCGCUGGACAUUAUCUGGAGUGACCCCUGGUAGCACUGGAUGGAGGAGAACAGGCCUCAGCAGAAACCUGACCUCUGGUCUGGAGGUCGCCUUUAAAAAAAAUUGCUCAUUGUUGUUUGUUGUUUACUGCGAGCUUAGCCGUCAGUUGUUCAGGCUUGCACGUUUGUCGGUCACACCCUCGUACAGUUUAAAGACCCUGUUUGACCUGCAACUGGAUCCUUGUGCACCAGGCAUUGGGAAACUACUGGAUUAGGCAUUGGAUGGGCUAACACACCCUGGGACACAAACAAUUACAUGAAAGUAAUCCCGGGCUCCAGUGGCCCUGCCCAUCAGGACGUGGUGGUGGUGGUGGUGGGGGUGGUGGUGGUGGAAAAGGGAUGGUAGUCGGAGGUUGUGCUUUUUUUUUUUUUUUUUUUUUUUUUUUUGAAUACUGAGCCAUCAUUAUGAAUCUUUGUGGUGUGAUCUUUUACAACAGGCGUAUAACAAGAUGUCGCAUGCUAUCAGAAGCUCAAUAUUACCGAUGUAUUACCAUUAUCGUGGCCAUUAUUUAAGUUCAAUUUGGCCUCUUUUAUAUUUAAACCUAUAUCUAACUCUUUUGUUCGGACCACUAUGGAGAUCACUUGAAAAUGUUCUUCUUUGUCACAUUAUAUGCAAUUUGUUAAUUACAAUUUAAUGACGUGUAAAUUGUCUCAUCAUCAAUAAUGCAGCCGUGAGAGAGAAGAAAGGAAAAAAAAAAAAAAAGAAACGGCUUGUGUUGCAGACCCUGCCAUGUUACAGGUCUGCGUUUAUGCCGGCUGCAAAGUGCUUAAGGCAAACACACACGUAUCGGGCACGCUACCAAACCGUGCACCUCGGGCACCGUCACGGCACCUGGCACUUCAAACUGCUCCACAGCAAAAUGGGCGAGAUGAAUAAGCUCGAGUCAAGUGAUCACCUUGCCUCGCUGCGGCACUCCCAUUGUAAAUACUGUGUCAUUUACACUCACUCUGCUCUGCUUUUAUACUCGCAGCACGCUACGUUUCCUCCAUUAACUAAUACUAACAAACUUACUGGACACUCUGGGCUUUUUUAGAUUAUGUUUUUAUUUGUUUUAUGAAAUAUAUACUAUAUACUUUUUUAAAAAAAAUAUCAGAAUACUUUUUGGUACUUCCUGUGAAUUAUGGAAACAUCAGCCUCUUUUGCACCAUUUUAUAAAUACAGACAUGGAGCUGAGAUAAAGCGCAGUAGAAACACUCUUCUGAUGUGUUAAAUGACUUAACUUGCACUACCAGCAGAUGCCUGUGUUGUAAGUCCUGGGUUAAACAUCCAUCUGGAAAUCAUUUUUUAUCAGUUAAUCUCAUAUUUGAACCUAUUUGAAAUGUUUUCUCUCAAAGCGGUUGCAGCUCUGUUACUGUCCCUUGGUGUAAACCCCACCCAGCUUUAACUCAUGUAGAUUAAAAACAUGCUGGAACCGAGCACAAGCAGAUUUGCAGCAGGGAGUGUUUGCAGCCACGUUUUUUUUUUUGUUUUUUUUUUCUAUUGCCACACAAUAAGUCUCAUUCAUCCUGAGAUGCAGUUCGAUGAAGAUCAAACCUCCCCGAGUGGAGAAUCCUCUGAGCAGAUAGAGGCUCUUUGGGUCAAAAUGUUUGCCAUUACCAUCCCCGGGUUAUUGUGCAGGUUUUCAUCAUGUUUAUUUCCUGCAAAAAAAAGUACUAGAGGGUGUGUUUGUGUUUAGCAGCUGGACUCGCUUCAGUCUGCUGCUGCCAUGUCCAAUAAACUUCACCAUCUUAAUAUUUCAACUUCAUAUGUAAUGCUGUAUCCUUUUUUUUUUUUUGUGCUCUUUCUAUGUUAAUGGCUAAUAUUGAAUAAAACUGUGACAAUCA